GGGGGCAGGUAAACAAGAUGGCGACAACCUGAGAGGAACAGACACACAAUAUCCACGGCGUCGAGUCAGAGUGGAGGGCGGGCGUCUGCUUCACCGAGGCACGGCCAGUCAGAGACCAACACAAGCAUCGGUGAGGACUCGGCAGAGAGAGCCAGGUACCAUGCUGUAGAAACUGGUGACAUGGAGGACACCUGAAGACGGUUCAACACAUUUGAUGGGUUAUUUGACCUCCUGGAGGCCCGGUGACCUCAGAGAUUAGACUGAGACUGCUGCAUGCUUUUGGUGCUAGGAUCAAAUCCAGCUAUAAUCACAUUUGUGUUCUAUGGAAACUAUGCCAUGCAGCAUGGACCCUUGACAGAAAUGCAGUGCUGCAAGGCUGUGAAGCUAGACUGGUUGCCUUUACCGAAAGUUGUAUGGUAUCAAAGUUAUUGAGCAGUAAUUAAGACUGACACAGAGGGGAAGAAUAACAUCAUAAACUUUAACUUUUCAAAUUGAUGUUCAACUGCACUCACUAUAGACUUUGUUCAUGAUGCACAGUAUAAAGCACUAAAUCGGCACUGUAGCCAACAAGCUCUGCACCCCUUUAAGCUCCUCUUGAGCAAAAAGGGCCCAUAUGUUUACAGAUUUCAAAUUGAUUUCCCCCCCCCAUGUCCUUCAGCUCUCAGGCCUUGUUACUCUCCCAUAUUCAGUAUUUUCUAAUUCAUCUUUUUGAAUUGAAGCACUCGGUCUGCUGAAAGGUCAACAGUGGAUUCCCCCGAACAACAGCGGUUGUAGCGAUUCGCAAACAUUUUUCUUGCACAUAACCUAAGGUGUGGUUGCAAAACUACCAGUCAUGAGUGCCGGAGAGCUGCAUCAUCUCGACUACCUGAAUGAUAAUGAACUCAUGGAGAUGGAUACUUUCAUUCACCGCAUUGACUCUACAGAGGUUAUCUACCAACCACGGAGAAAGAGAGCAAAACUAAUCGGAAAGUACCUGAUGGGAGAUCUGCUAGGGGAAGGAUCUUAUGGCAAAGUAAAAGAAAUGCUGGACUCAGAGACGCUUUGUCGUAGAGCUGUCAAGAUACUGAAGAAAAAGAAGCUUAGGAGGAUUCCCAAUGGAGAAGCCAAUGUGAAAAAGGAGAUUCAGCUGCUAAGACGACUCCAACACAAGAAUGUCAUUCAAUUAGUGGACGUGCUCUACAAUGAAGAGAAGCAGAAAAUGUAUAUGGUGAUGGAGUAUUGCGUUUGUGGGAUGCAAGAAAUGCUUGACAGUGUCCCAGAGAAAAGGUUUCCAGUAUUUCAAGCUCACGGGUACUUUUGCCAACUUAUUGAUGGCCUUGAAUAUUUGCACAGCCAGGGAAUAGUUCACAAAGACAUAAAACCAGGGAAUCUGCUGCUAACCACAGAUGGGGCGCUUAAAAUCUCUGACCUUGGAGUAGCAGAGGCUCUUCACCCAUUUGCGCAGGAUGACACAUGUCGCACCAGUCAAGGCUCACCAGCCUUCCAGCCCCCAGAGAUUGCCAACGGACUGGACACCUUUUCAGGGUUUAAAGUGGACAUUUGGUCUGCUGGAGUAACACUAUACAACAUUACGACAAGUCUUUAUCCGUUUGAGGGAGACAAUAUCUAUAAGCUAUUUGAAAACAUUGGAAAAGGAGACUACACUAUUCCUGAGGAGUGUGGACCCCUCUUGUCAGACCUGCUGCGAGGAAUGCUUGAGUAUGACCCUGCAAAGAGGUUUUCCAUACAAAACAUAAGGCAGCAUAACUGGGUACGUAAGAAACACCCUCCAUCUGAACCUCCUGUACCCAUUCCUGCCAGCGCAGAAAGCAGGGACCCAUGGCGGAGUAUGACGGUGGUUCCCUACCUAGAGGAUUUGCACGGCUACACAGAGGACGAUGAUGACGAGCUCUACGAUGGAGAGGAUGAGAUUAUAUACACUCAGGACUUCACGGUGCCAGGGCAAGUUACUGAAGACGACCAUGAUCUGGGGAACUCAGACCACAGCCCAGCUGUAGCCAAACCAGUUUGUGUGAAUGGGACAGAAGGAGGGUCUCUGAAUAGCAAGGCCAAAGCCGAACGCCGAUCCUCCUCCUCGUCCAACCCCUCGCGUAAAGGAGUCUCCACAGCCAGCAAAAUCCGCAAGCUCUCCACCUGUAAGCAGCAAUGACGCCCUUCUCCUCCUCUUUCUCCCACAAAAACAAACCUGGUUGAUGUGUCCUCAUCCUUCUGUGUCUGGGCUCCUCGCAGUUGUGAGAGGAACUCGCUGACUUUAAUGUCCCCAUACCCUCUCAGACAACUGGCCUUUUGAAGAUGAGGUGCAGGAGACCAGGAGGAGGAGGAGGACAGCAUGAAAUGUUCUUUUUGCUCUGAGACUAAGGCACUUGCUGUGAAGUUGGUGUUUAUUUUCUACAUUAUUUUGGCUCCUUCCAACUUGUCAUCCAGUUCUGUCCUCUGGUCAUAUUUCCCCUCCUCGUUUAGUCAUCCUCUUCAGAGGACCAAGUGUUGCACCGGACAUUGGACACCAUCAUCCCUGUUCCUGCCAAUCAUGCCCCUAUCCUCACUUUCUGUUUCUUUGACUACCUUUGUUUUUACAGAACCCAAAUGGCAGUUUUUAAUACACAUUGUGAUGUGUAAAGAAUUAAAGUGAGAAAAAAAAAACAAUGUUAUGCAUAAUUCUAUAUUUAAAUUUAUGAAGAGAGUAAUCCUGAUAGUACUACCACCAACAUAAAAACUGCAUGCUGUACAAAGAUGGCGGAAAGGGAAAGUGCUUGGUUUGUGGAAAGACUGACCUGUUGAGGAUGUUUGAUUUAGAUUUUAUUUUUAUUUUUCCAAUGAAUAUUUUUUUUUAAUUAUUAUUUAUAUAAAAUGUGUCCCACACA